AUGUCUUUACUGUUCCUGCCAAAUUGCCAACCGGUACCGGUCUCCGUAAAAAAGGGACGAAGUAGCUUCAACAUCGGAAACUGUGUCUGGAUCGUUGACCGUCCCUGUCCGGAUAGCGAUAUUCGGUUCUAUCUGUUUACCCGAUCAAAUCCCGAUGAUCGACAGUAUAUCCACAUCGAUGAGACGUGGCAGCAGUCCAAUCUUAGUACGUCCUACUUCAAUCCAUCCCAUCCUGUUAAGGUCAUCAUCCAUGGUUACAAUGCAGACAUGUUUCUUACACCGCUAAUAAACAUGAAAGGAGAGUACCUUUCGCGUGCGAAUUAUAAUCUAUUCUACGUUGACUGGAGUGAUCUUGCCCAUGGGCCGUGUUAUCCAUCGGCCGUACACAACACGCGCCAUGUUGGCAAAUGCAUUGGUCAACUGGUGCAGCGAAUCAUCGAUGCUGGGACGGAUAAUAUUCAUCUCGUUGGGUUUUCGCUAGGCGCACAGGUGACGAACUACGUGUCCACAACGGUGAGACCCUUCCGAUUAAAGCGCAUUACCGGUCUGGAUCCCGCAAUGCCACUUUUCAUUACGGCAGCUGCAGACGAUAAGCUGGAUCCUACCGAUGCGGAGUUUGUAGAUGUGAUCCACACGAACGCGUUGGUGCAGGGAAAGAUCGAACGGUGUGGACAUGCGGAUUUCUACGUGAAUGGUGGAAUAUUACAGCCCGGUUGUUGGAGCUCUGGACAAAACCCGAUGGCUUGUAGUCAUCACCGUGCACCGGACUACUUUGCCGAAUCAAUUCGCAGCCUAACCGGCUUUUGGGGCUGGAGUUGUCAAAGCUACGUGUACUAUCUGCUUGGCUUUUGUCCCCAGAAUAACGUGCAAGUUGUCGCGGGCGAAGAUUGCCCGGCCGGUACGGAAGGCAUGUUUCUAAUAUCGACCAAUCCGGCCUCACCGUUUGCAAUUGGUCGGUGGUCUGGUUUCAGCUUACCGCAGAAGAAGGAUUCCGUCCUGCACAAGCACGGUCUCAAUCGGGAUCCCUUCAUCAGCGAUAUCGAUCAGUGGGGAAAGCUGGAAAGUUCCUUUAACAAUGUGGACCACUUUCCGACACCGUACUCGCAGGAUCCGAACCAGAACAACGACGAGUGGCCAUACUUUAAUCACAUCGGUACCAACGAAGUCACGAAGGACCACAUAAGAACGAUUCUUGAGCAGGAUAAAUCUCGCUACAGUGGUGAUCGGUUACCGCUAGCAACCAGCACACUGGCCACUACGAUCGCUACACUAGCGCCACCUAGCGACAACGAGAUUGACGAUGCGUUCUACCUUCAGGAUUUACGGCGACGGUUACAGCAGAAGGAAGCGAGCGUGAUGCAACACUACACCAUGCCAAUGUUCAAUUCGCACUAGUGCAUUUCAGGGCACAUGGACGCCAACAUGUCUACAUCCGUCAGUGGAUGCAUUCUUGCGCCCACGCCAUCCGAUUAUCGUACCCUUUCAUGUUUUACCAGCUAAACAGUUUUCGAAACACGUCAUGUUUAUCUAAUUAAUGAGUCUCACACGUUCAGUUGAUGGAGCGUAUAGAAAGUGAACUAUGGUAGACAGCAGGAACCGGUUCUUGAGGUGGUAAACAGGAAACACAAUUAAGUGCACUACUCUCCACCCACCCGGAAAAAAACCCUGAUUCCAUUGUCGACCCGAGUUGCAGAGAGACCUGCUCGUUUUUUUUGUUGUUUUAUAUUACUUCUUACCCGAUAACUCCACUCUUUAUGGAAAACGCGUUCAGGCGUACAGGGAAAAUGGUUAUUCAAUCACCUCCGUUCGGCCCGCUGACUGCGGUUCUAAUCAGCCUACUUAGAACGAUUAGACCACAGCACUGGUAGUAAGUGUAAAUAAUAGGAAAAAAAAAGCUAGUAACUAGUCAUCAAACGGCUUCGGACCCGGGAAUAUUUGGGACGUAUUGUGGUAGCGUAACACGUUUAUCUAAGUCACUGUGCCUCAUAAACCGUCAUGGACGGUGACAAGGGCCGUACGUUUCGCUCCUGUGUGCCUUCGCGUAGUGCCUUAUAAAUUGUCCUUCCACGAUGGCGAUGGUUUCAGUGUUUCGGUGGUAGUUAUGGUGGAAAAGUGCGUUACGGAUGCCGGUCGAUCAUGAAGAUCAGGAAGGCUUUGACGUUUGUUCUUCUGCUACAGGCAGGUUCGUAGCUGUUCGUAGAACAUGGUAGUGCCAUUUCGUGUGUGCUUUUGUUGUACUGAAGUUUAGGUAGUUUUAAAAACAGCUUAAAAUAUGCUAGCAAUUCUGUUUUAGUUAUUAAUUAAUGAUGAAAAGCACAGCAGCAUAAUAUCUGCAAACGCCAGAGAUCUUAGUGUAUUGUCGUUUGGAAGACGUAAGAUAUAAUGCAAUAAAAGGAUACUUAUUACUGUUACUGUUAGUGCAAACGGAGUAAGGCCCAAUUGACAAUCACUCUCACUUUCCAUCGAAAGUUACCAGCGGCGAAUCAAACGGUAGGCGGAGUAGGCGGUCGCCUAGGGCCUCGCCGUGUU